AGACUUUCUAGAUUUCAGUAAGGUGAUGUACACUGUUGAGUUCACACGGCUUCGCUUGGGGAUUUCCGUAUACAAAAAUUUAAUUUUCCAGUUUUUUUUUCGGAACAAACAGUUGAAAUUUUCUUUUAACUUCAGGACAAGCGUUCUGUCGCUGUCGCCGAGUGUGGUUCGGUGGAAGGCGCGCACAAGAAUUGUGCGUCUCGAGUUCAGUCGUUGUUACAACUCGAGUGCGACCGAACUCGCUGCGCUAAUUAUUGAUCAAGAAAAUAAUACACGUUAUACACCAAUCAGUUUUCCAACUUGAUUUAUUACAACAAUGCCACGAACACGCAGGGGGGCUAAUUUGAGUCGUCAAACAAACAGAUCUAGAGGCAUGCAAGAUAGAAGAGCAAUAAGAUCAGAUGCAGAAAGGCAACAAAGUAAUGCAGAUGUCCGUGUAAGAAUGGCGCAGUUACGAGAUGAGCGAAACCAACAAAGACAAUUGGAACGAAGAGAAGCGCGCAGAUUCGUAGCCAACAGACGUAGAGGGAUUGACCAACAUCAACAAGUACUUCGAGCAUUUACAUCACAUUCAUUUCUUCGACUAGCAUUUCAGUAUGAGCCUGAUGUUGAAUAUUACGCUCAUUCCAAAGUGGUAAUUGGUACAUUGGACAAGGAAUGCCCGCACUUGGGAUGUGUUGCUCAUCAGGAAAAGUGAAACUUCCAGAAAUUGAAACACCGCCGGAACCAUUGCACGGCCUCCUUAUUGGUACUGAUCCAAAUUCUUCGCUGUUCUUGCGUUCAAUUCGGCAAUUCAAUUCAUGUUUUCAAAUGACAAAUCACCUCAAUUCACCAUUUGCAACGCGCAUUGUCAGCGAGCUGGACGCUCUGUUAAAUGAGCACAACGAAUUGUUGAAAUUAUUCAAAUCACAUAUGCAUAAGCUACAAAGUGACAAUCACGCUAUUUUCAUCAAUCCUGAUAGAACACCAGCUGGAGGGCAUAUACGUCGAUUCAACGCACCUGUUGUUGACGACGUGGCUGGAAUCAUGGUUGGCGACCAUACAGCUACGCGACAAAUCGUGAUUCGAAGAAGAAAUAAUUCUCUUCAGUCCAUUCCUGAUACCCAUCGUUUAUAUGAUGCUCUCCAAUAUCCACUCAUUUUUUGGAAGGGACAAGACGGAUAUUGCAUAAACCUUAAGCAACGAGAUCCGGUAACAGCAAUAAAAUUACCAACCGCAAUUUUAAUUUUUCAAAAGCGGGCACAGCGAAGCGUGGCAGGGCAUGUGAACAUGCGCGUUCAAACGCUUCAGAAUCCAUCCGCCGAAACUUUUUCGAAACAGCUAUUAGAUAUUGGCAAUGGGAAAGUUGCCGUACAUGAAAAUACUGGAUCAAUAAAAUUACCAACCGGUUUUUGCACAAUCGUCCACUCGCAAGAUGUUCUCAUCGACUGCAUGCCACCGCACCACUUACAAUUGAAAGUAGGAUCUCCGGUGAUUUUGCUCCGUAACUUGAACCCACCACGGCUGUGCAAUGGCACACGAUUGGUUAUUAAAAAAUUAAUGAAGAACGUGAUUGAGGCCACCAUUUUAAAUGGCAAGUUUCAAGCUAAUAGGUAA